AUGGAUGUGAAUGGUGGAAGAAGAGUUUUCAACAGGCUCGGACCAUCCUCUUCGACUGAUAACGGCAAUAAUAGUAAUAAGCAGCAGAAAGUGUGUUUUCAUUGGAGACAAGGAAAGUGCGCGAGAUAUCCUUGCCCUUUUCUGCACAGCGAACUACCGGCGGCAGCGAAUGGCAAGAGGGUUCAUCAGGGGUUCGGACAAGAGGAUAAUUAUCGAGGAGGUGGAGGAUUGAGGAGGGGUGGGAACUAUAAUUUUAGUAGUAAUAAUACCUGGGGGAGGGUGCAGUCGCAGCAGCCCGUUAACAGUAGGUCCGUUGUGAAGAAAAUAGAGAAACUGUGUAAUCAUUGGGUACAAGGGAGCUGUAAAUUCGGGGAUGCGUGUAAAUACUUGCACCAGUGGUCGACAGGGGAUUGCUUUUCGAUGUUGACGAUUCUUGAAGGGCACCAGCAGGUAGAAGAAGAAGUUGUCUAUCAGGUUGUAACUGGGAUUGCUUUUCCUUUGGGGUCUGAUAAGCUUUACACCGGUAGUCAAGAUGAGACUGUCAAAGUUUGGGACUGUCAAUCUGGUCAGGUUUCAGCUUCAGUGAAUGUGGGUGGUUCAGUAGGCUGUCUGCUGAGUGAAGGUCCAUGGGUAUUCGUGGGUUUGACAAAUCUUGUCAAGGCAUGGAAUAUUCAAACAUCUACAGAGCUCAGUUUAAAUGGACCUGUUGGACAAGUAUAUUCCCUUGUUGUUGGGAAUGGCAUGCUCUUUGCAGGUACACAGGAUGGGUCAAUAUUGGCUUGGAAAUUCAAUGAAGCUGCUAAUUGCUUUGAACCAGCUGCAUCACUCAAGGGUCACACUCUUGCUGUUGUGACACUAGUGGUCGGAGGUAACAGAAUGUACUCUGGUUCAAUGGACCACUCUAUUAGAGUAUGGAGCCUGGAAACUUUGCAGUGUAUUCAAACAUUACCAGGGCAUACAGAUGUUGUGAUGUCUGUUUUGUGUUGGGAUCAGUUCCUUAUAUCUGCGUCAUUGGACAAAACUGUCAAGGUUUGGGCUGCCACUGAGGCUGGUAACUUGGAAGUCGCAUAUACCCACAGUGAGGAACAUGGAUUGCUUGCUUUGUGCGGGAUGCAUGAUUCAGAAGCCAAACCUGUGUUGUUUUGUUCGUGCAAUGACAAUACAAUACGAGUCUAUGAUUUGCCAUCAUUGUCUGAGAGGGGAAAGAUCUUGUCAAAGAAAGAAAUUCGGUCCAUACAGAUUGGUCCCAGUGGUUUAUUUUUCACGGGUGAUGGGUCGGGUCAGGUCAAAGUAUGGAGAUGGUCUGCUGAACCAACACACACAUAA